AUGUCACAGAGUUUAGCACACCCACAAGGCCCGCCCUAUCCUUCCCACAGCGCGGGCGUGGGAGGCCUACCAACCGCCAAGGUCGACGUUCCCAUCUCCGCCAUCCUUAUGGUUUUUUACCUUGCCUUUGCGAUACUCAACCAGGCCACAUUCCAGCUGAAUCGCCGGCGAAAGCACAAGUUCCUGAUCAACUGGGUCCUUUUUGGCUUCUGCAUGUGUCGAGUGCUGACCUUCAUUCUCCGAAUCGUCUGGGCCACACGACCACACAAUGUUUCUGUCGCCAUUGCUGCUAAUAUCUUUGUCAAUGCGGGAAUCUUGUUGAUCUAUAUCAUCAACUUCAUCUUCGCCUUACGGAUCUUUCGCGCCAGACAGCCAGAAUUGGGAUGGAACCGAGCGCUACAUUAUGUUUGUGUGGCCUUUUACUGGAUGAUGGGAAUUGCAAUCUGUUUGGUGAUCAGUAUGGUGGUGGUGAGCAGCUAUACGCUCAAGCCGUCGCUCCUUCAUGCAGCGAGAGAUGUUUUGUUAGCUGGUCUUACGGUAUUCACCGUUUUCACGGCGCUGGCUCCCGCCAUGCUCAUCACGAGCUUGCUGCUCAAUGAGUCGCCCAAAGCUGAGCACUUCGGCAAAGGCGAGAUGAGGAUGAAGAUCAUCAUCUGUGGGAUCUCGUGCGCGCUCGCACUGCUCAUCGCUGGAUUCAGAUGUGGGACCACUUGGCAAGCCCCUCGGCCUAUGAAUGAUCCGGCUUGGUACGACAACAAGGCAGCUUUCUACUGCUUCGAAUUCGUGCCAGAGAUCAUGAUCUUGGUUCUGUUCGCAGUGGCAGAGAUCCAUCUCAGGUUCCAUGUGCCAAAUGGGAGCAGCAAGGUGCAAUCGUAUGCUACACAAGAGAUAGAGACUGAAAGAGGACACAGUAGCCAGUCCCAGGACACGAGUGAUGUCGAGAAGGAUGAGGAGAAGGCAGGGGAGAGUCCGUAG